AUAUGGCGAGCUUCCGGCGAGGGCAUCAGUUGAAGCGUCAGUUCUCAUGACCAUAUAUAGACAUCCCCAGAUGUCAUGUGUUCUUUUCCUGUAAAAAAGAAAAUGCGACGAUAGUGCUGACAGGAGCGUGAAGUCCCACCCAUGUCAGAGGAAAAGGUAGAGCUGACCCGAGUGGGCAGUUUGUGCAGUCCAGACCCACAAAUCCAGCUGCUAGAUGCCUGGACAUCCCGGGACUUCUCCACAUUCUGCAACCUCCUGGAGAAGCCAGGUGUGUCAGCUGACCACUGGUAUGAUGACCCCCAUCUUGCCACAUGCCUGUACCUGACCAGCAAGGAGGAGGAUGGGGCUGAGUAUGCUAGAGCUCUUCUUCAAGCUCGUGCUGAACCAAACAACAUGAACGGCAUACGUAUGAAAGCACCCAUCCACGUUGCAGCUGCAGCUGCAAAUGUCGAAGUGCUCAAGGUGCUUCUCUCAGACCCACGAACUGAUGUUAACAUAAAGGACAACUUUGGGAAUACAGCAUUACAUACAAUAGCUAAACAGAAACGUAAAGAUGUGACUAAAGACAUAGAUAAGUACAAAGACUGUAUUCGGCUUCUCCUGAAUCAUAGUAAAAUUGACCCAAAUCUGCCUAAUAAGAGAGAUUAUAGUGCUGUCCAUUUUGCAGCUGAAAAUGAUGCUAAAGAGGUGGUGCAAACAAUUCUGGAAAAUGCUGGAGAUGGUUUAGAUGUUGAUAAUAAGAGAACACUAUCUGAGAGUGCCAGGGACAUUAUAGGUAAGAAAUAUCCAGAAUUUGGUGACUUGUUACCAGAACGUGGAAGAGAUGGGGAUACAAAAACUGUAGAUAGUAACACCCUGUUUCAGUACUUGUAUCGUCGGAAACUUGGUGAAUUCACUGAUGCCGUUGAAAUGCUUCCACACGAACAAUUGGAGGCGAAUGAUGGGAAUUAUACGUUGCUUCAGUAUUGUGCAGAAAAUGGACUGGAAGAGCAAGGUAAGGCAUUGUUGGACAGGAAAGUCAAUCGCAAUGCUACGUGUAAAGCAGAGCCUCGUCCUCCUGCCUUACUUGCUUGUUAUGGUGGACACCCAGCCAUCUUUAAACUCCUCAUAGGCGAACAUCCUGAACUUGUGAACAUCAAAGAUGCUAAUAGUAAAAGGGGAACAGCAUUCCAUGCUGUCUUGGACUCUCCACGGGCAGACACAUCGACUGUCACUAGAGACUACAGAGGAUGUCUUGAUCUACUCCUGAUGCAUUUUGGAGACCUCAAAAUAGAUAUUAAUGCUGUAGACCUGAAAGGAAACACAGCCCUGCACUAUGCUGCUAAGAAUGCAGAUGAUUAUGCUGUCCUCUCUUUACUGAAGCGUGGGGCUUAUAUUGGUAUCAAGAAUGUCUUUGGUGAACUACCAUUAGCCAGUAUACCGCCAAAAACGUUGGAAGCAUUCUUGAAUGACUGCUUAAACACAAAUGAUGAGUUACCCAGAGAAGAUACAUAUGAGGUGUCAUUCUCUUACAAAUUCCUUGUUCCACCAGCAAGAGAGUGUUGCAUGCAAGAGCAACAAAAUUCCCAUAUGGGUAUGGAUCUACCGCUUUUCAACUCCAGAAAGCCACCAGCACGUCGGAAGAUGUCCACAGCAACAACAGAGACUGAACCUCUCUUGUACAUCAGCCAAUCUCGAGACUUGAGAUAUCUUCUCAGGCAUCCAAUUUUUACCAGCUUCUUAGAUCUCAAAUGGCAUCAUAUUCGUAUUUUCUUUUACAUUAACCUCAUUUUCUACAUUCUGUUUGUGGCAUUAUUAACGUUGUACAUUCUACUCAGUUUUGGGAAACCGCACAUCAUUGAUUCAGGCAGAAAUUCAGACAACACCACUGCCAUCAGCAAGGAUGCAACCGAAGAACCAGGAGGUGAAGCUUUGGCAGUUGUCAGAGGUAAUAUGUCUGAUUUAUGGAGGGCUUUUUCAAUAGUCUUCUUGAGCUUGCUUAUAUUGAGGGAAGUGUUCCAGCUAGUUGUAGGCCCAUUAAAAUAUUUGCGUUCUCCUGAGAAUUAUCUGGAAUUCCUGCUACUCAUAAUGAGUGCAUCGAUACUGUUCUGUGAAUGGGUCCAACUUAAUGCCAGGCCACACUUCUCUGCUUUAACCAUCCUGUUAUCGUGGGCUGAAUUGGUGCUCCUUAUAGGGCGCCACCCUCAUCUUUCAACCAACAUUGAGAUGUUCAAGACAGUCUCAUGGAACUUCUUGAAGUUCCUUGCCUGGUAUGCCAUCCUCAUCAUUGCUUUUGCCCUCAGUUUCUAUACUUUGUUCCGUGACUGUGGUACUGUUACAGAAUGUGGUGAAGGAGGAGACUCCAAUGAUAAUUUCUUUCUGGACCCUGGAAUGUCAGUAUUCAAAACAGUAGUUAUGCUGACAGGGGAAUUUGAUGCAACAUCUAUUCCAUUUGUGUCAUUUCCUGGUACCAGUCACAUUGUUUUUGUUCUAUUCGUAUUCCUCAUUGCUAUUGUGCUGUUCAAUCUCUUAAAUGGUUUGGCUGUCAGUGAUACUCAAGCAAUAAGAGACGAUGCUGAAAUAGUGGGUUACAUCGCACGAGUGAAGCUCCUGUCACACAUUGAAACAUUGUUUCAAAGCUCUUCAGUUCCAUUACUUGAGCCUCUUAAAUGUAUGUGCUGUUUCUGGCCGACAGGUAGCAACUGUUUUAAAUCCAUCAACAAGAGAGUAUGUCUCUUUCCAGACAAAGUCCCAGAUAAUAAGAUACGAGUCUUUCCUAAUCGAGGGUUAAGGAUUAUCUUUACUAGCCAUCAGAAGAAGUGUCAGGAAGAGGAAGAGGGAAGCAGAUGUUGUCUAGAUGGAUGCAGAGCCUGUACUCUUGAUUCUGGAAUUUUGGAAAGGGCAAUAGGGAUCAUAAACAAUCGUGGUAAGGUUUCAGAAAUGGAGGAAAUGAAGAUAAAACUUGACCGCAUUGAGGAUAUGCUAAAAAGUAUUUUGAAGCAGACCGAGCAUCUGAAUUCAAACUCUAAAUAUUUAGAGAACAUUUAAAAAUUAUUCUUAUGUAUCAUUAUUUUACAAUUUGACUGCUAUGUGAGUAGCAGAAUCUGCUGCAAUACAUGAGAGUUACUGCAAAUAAAUAAUCAGUUUACAAUAUUUGUAAUUGUGUAAGUGUUACAACACAGUAGAGCAAAUAACAAGAUACAAGAUAUGCCAUUAACUAACGCAUCUUGAUAUUUCAUAUAUGUGUUGGGACAGUAUUUACACAGGAAGUUGUGUUUGUUUAAUAGGUAAUGUAGUCUGCUGUUAAGAGUUCCUGUUUUUAUGUAUUAUGACAAUGCUUUAUGCAUGCCAGAAACAUAUAAUGUUUUUAAUAUUCUGCAAGAUCAUAAUUGAAGAAGUUUAUGUAGCAUGUAUGAAGCUGUAUUACAUAGACAGUUAUGUAUUUAAUUUUUACUGUUGCCAUGUUAAUGUUGUAAUUUAUGUUAUGGAAACAGGCUUUACUAAAUUGCAGAGUUGUGUAUUCAGUUAACUUUAAAUAGAUAGUUAUAAAGCAAUUUUCACAUUUUAAUACAGUGUGGUCGCAUUUUAUGCAACUUUGACAUACGCAAAUUUGAAGUAGUGCGAUAUGAAAAGUAUUAAUAAAUUCUCACUUUGUGCACAAAGUUUGAAAUAAUGUG